AUGUCAUCCAAACCGUACUCGAUUCGAGAGUAUAUCCCUUCCUUUCAAUUACAAAUUUUGUUGGAGUUGGUGGACAGCAUCUCCAAGUUGGAGAACCUAUCCGAUAAAACUCAAUCACAAAGAAACUGCGUGGAAAAGAAGUUGAAUUUUAUCAAACACAAAUGUCCAAUUCUUCCAACAACAAGUGUUAUUAGAGGAAAUCAAUCAUCAUCCGGAAAAACUAAAGGAUUUACUGAAAUUCAUGAUCAUCAAGGAACAUCAGGUAACACCACAAAUUCUCAUCAUCACGAGGGUGUGAACGGUCAUUCUACCAGCAACAACAUUCGUCAUCGAGCCUCCGUCGAUGAAAGCGAUUUGUUUACUGAUUUUGAUGAAUACAACAAGACUCACAAUUUGCUCCUAUUGAGUGAGGAAGGUCAAGAAUCUGCCAUCGCUCUUGCCUAUUUCCUCACACAAACCAAAGCAAAAUCGAAUCAUACAGAUCAAAUUUUGCCAUUAUUGGUCGGAUUGGUUAAUCAUUUACCACAUUGCAAAUGGCAUCCGAGAGCUAAAAUUACAGGAGAAUUCUUUUCGUAUCAUUUAGUGAGUUUGUUGAGAGAAAUUUCAAACGUAACGGAACAAGAGGCUCAUUUGCAAACGAUCUGUAAAGCUUUGAUUGAUACUUGUUUAGGAGAAUGUUAUAUGAUUAUGAAGAGUUACGAGAGUAAAUUUAUAUUCGACAGCGAAAAUACUGCUAGAGUAUUGUACGGAGUAUUUAAAGCCCUAUCAGAAGGAUUACCGAAAGGAAUUUCAAAGGAACAACUCAAAUCGAUCGCCGACAUCAUUCAAUACUUUUUCAAUAUUACUUCAUCCAAGCAAGCUACAGAAUUGAAGCAACUGAAGGCUUUCAAAUCAAGACUGUUGAAAUCUAUGAUUGUGUUGGUAUUGAAAAUUUUGAUUCAAACAACCUAUGUUGGAGAGUUUGACGAGGAGUUCUACUCUAAGUUAAUUCAAAUAGCUUUCAGAAAUUUAUCAUUAGAUUCAUUCAAAAGAAUUAUCGAAACAACAUCUACACUUGAUGAGUCGUCACCUUCUGCUUUAGAUACAAACUACAGCAUCAAUGCCUUUGGAAACUCUGCAGAUCUUGCUGUUCAAUGUUCUAUUAUGUGCCCUAAAUUCAGAAAAGAUGUCUUAAAAGUGUUGAUUGAGUGCUUGGAUUUUGCUAAAAGAGAGAACGUCCAUCCUUCUCAACCUAUGUCAUCAAUCACAUCAAGCUCAUCCCACACUGUGAACAAGUUCGAGGAAAAGAUGUGUAAAGACAUUGUGCUGUCCAUUGAAAGACUUUGCAAAGAGGAAUCUGAUAACUUUAUUGUUGUCAGUGUCAAAGCUUUACGUGAGUUUAUCUCCGAAGAUUCAACAGAGAAGAGCGAACAUCUAGUGGAGGAAUUGACACUCUCAUUGUGCAGAAUACUUAACGAUGACUUCAAGAAGAGAGGUAUCGCAACAUGCUCUUCAGCCAUUUACGCAAUUUCGAACAUUAUCUACAUGAAUCCAAACGACUAUAGAAAGAACAACCGCAGAGUUACAAUUUUGGGAACCAUCGCUCAACAAAUCGAUAACAAUGCUGUCACAGAUCUAAUUCUACCUGUUCUUACAAGUCAAUUAACAAAAAAGAAGAACAUGGGCAAGCUUGAUAAUGUAGCAUUGAGACCGUUGUCAAAUUGCAUUCAUUUAGGAAAUGGACAUUAUUUCUCAGAAAUUGUUGAAUUGAUAUUUGGCAUUUAUCAAAAUCCUUUCCACUCAUCAGAAACUGUUUUAGGAGGUCUGCUCAUUGAUUCCAUUUAUAUUAUGAACAAAAUGCUAAAAAAUCACAAUCAUUUACGAUUGUCAUUGUUAGUGAGACUUAUUAAGUUAAUCAAUCGACUUGGAGGAGAAAUUCAAAUAAUGAAGGAGUCAAAUGAAAAGAAGAAAGACAUGCUAAAGCACAUUGCUGUGCUUAUGCCUGCUGUGGCUACGUUGACAAAGUCAUGCAAGUUUGAUAUCGUUAAUCACAAAAUUUCUGACGAUGAAAAUGUUGGAAAUUUCCAGACUUUGUUCCGUAUCAUGUGGUUCUAUUUAAUAAUUUUUAAGUUUACUAAUCCCAACGAGCAUAAUGAUGAAACAUAUGAAGCUUGCCAAACUAUUGGUAUGAAUGGACCAAUUCUCUUAAAUGGAAAUGUUCAUUCUUUCAUGGAAAUUAACAAAGAAAUUGAGGUUAUCAUUGACUCAAAGAACAUGUCUCAAGAAGAGAAAUCAUACCUUACAACCCAACUCGAAUCAUGUGUUAACAUUGGCAAGGAUAUUGCUGUCACGCCAUCAUCACUCAGACAACUUUCUAUUGAGGAAGUAUUGUUUUUAAUUUCUACGUACAAUUUGGAGCUGUUCCGUGCACGAUCAGGUUCUACUUUAAAGCAUUCACUGUACUACCUUGAACAUUACCAAAUUUUCAAUAAUCCUGUGGUAAUUUUGUGUUUACAAGCUUUGUUGAAGAGAGUCUUUGAUCAAUGGCUGUGCUCCUUCAUCAAAUCACAAUCUAGAGAUGAUAUGAACUCUAUCAUUGAGGAGCAAUGCAUUCUUUUGUUCAAGAUGUGCAUCCACAGAUUAGAAAUUGUUCGACAAACUAGUCAUCAGUUCAUUGUUAUGAUUAUUAAGUUGUUCCCAGCAAUGUAUUGGAGUUCCAAAUGCUUGAGUGCUCUACUAGAAAUUAUAUCAGCUCUCUAUGAAGGCCAUGAUAAGGGGAAAACAACAGAUAUUAUUGCUGUGAAAAUCCCGGCUAAAUUUGACCAAAUUCCCAUUAUCAAGCCAUUUUCCAACGAACAAACAAGAGAAAACUCAGAGUAUGAAACUUUUUAUCUUCCUGAACAUUUCACAGAUCGAAACAAGUUAUUGGAUGGUUUUACUCGUUUUUCUCUUUCUUGGAUCUCUAAAUCAAUGUCUGCUGCACCCAAUGUGACACAAUCUGGACUUCAACAUUACUUGAUCAAAUUUCAACAAUCUGAAAUUGAUUCUUUGAGACAUUUUGGUUAUACGUUUGCUGUCUAUCUUUCAACCCCAACUGAACACUUACAAGCGGUGGGUUCUAGUAGUCAACAGUUGAAAAACGACAAGAGAGGCUUUUCAAUUCUAUCUGAAGAUCAGACCUCAUUAACUCAAUCAGUAUCUGUAAUGUCAUUUAGUUGUGGAGAGGCAAAUAGCUUAAAGCUCAUGCUCGGUCAACGAGGCGCAGAGUCAGAGAUUGUUGAAAAGAUAAGCACCUUGCUAAAAGAGUAUUCCAAAGCUGCUGUAAACCCCAAAUUCUAUGAGUCCUUGUCUCAUGUUAUGAGGUUGGCAACAGCCUUUAUUCUCAGCGAAAAACAGCUCAACAUUGAAUUGUUGCAAUGGGUAGUUUGGACUCCUGUUUACAUUUUCACACGUCAAUCCAUGGAGAUUGCUAUCUAUUGUUGGAAUUGGAUUGCAGGCUCAAGAGGUUAUGACUUGACUGUACCUCUGCUGACAGAAAUUUCCAAUGCUUGGCAAUUCACAAUUCAGAAAGGUUAUGGCUUAUUCUGUGGUCAUCACGAAAAGGAUGAUGCUAUUGAAUUAGCUGUUCAGUCCUCCAACAAUGCAUUCAAUCCUUCGUCUCCAUUUGCCUCUUCAAUGUAUGCCACUUCACACAAAGAUACUUAUCCUCAUCGUAUUUGGAUUAAUUAUCUUGCAGAGAGAUUCCAAAGUGGAGGAGUCAUGAACGAACAAAUAGUGGAUGUAUACUUGAAAAUGUUAGUGAGAGCAGUCGAAAAUAUUGGAGAUUUGAGCAAGGAACACUUUUCUCUUGGUACUCGUUUUAGAUUAGCAUCUCUUUCACUUCAAGUUUCAAGAAGUGUUAUCGAUCUACAAUUUACUGAAUUUGUUCCAAUGGCAACCAUUUUACAACAUCGAACUUUUGCUGCUCUAUUGAAUUGGUUCACUCUUCACCCCACUUGGUAUGAUCCAGGAUCUAAUCAUAUGGUACAGGAGGAUCUCAAAGUCUUGUCUGAUGUUCAAAAACGUAUUAGAAGAGAACAAAAAGAGUUGAAUCGUCAUCAACCUCUUUCAUUUGACGAGAGGGAAUCAAUCAACGCAGCUGAUAAUGUGAGCGUUUCAGGGAUGAGUGUAUCAGGUCGUACUCGAAGCGUGGCCUUCAGUGUGAAAGGUUCUGUAAUUUCAUCAGCUAGUAACUGGAGCGGAAGUGAUCAUGGAAGUCUUGUUAGUGUGCCUCAGCUUUCAGAUGCUCCAACCCGUGCUCUUUCCGAUACUCGUACCGUUGUUUACUCUACAUCAGGUGUUGAUGCUAUUUUGGAUGUGUUACUUUUGUUGAUUGGCCAUGAAUCUGAAAGAAUUACCAUUUGGAACGAACCUCAAAAAGCUGACGAAACAGUAUCUUCUGUGACAAAGAUUUCCCCUAACAAGUGGAAGAUAUUCAUUGAUACCGCAUGGAGUUUCUCUCCCAAGUUAGCCAUCAAAAUGCAUGUUCGUUUUCCAUUCGAUUGUAUUAGGGAUGAAUUGGAAAAAUUAGUGAGAAAAUUCCCACGAGAUGCUAUUCAUAUUCCAGAGGCAACAGAUUAUCUAGUCACCGAGGCAAAUGUGAAAGCUAAUGCUCCUGAACUUUAUAAUUUAUUAAUUUGGGCUCCUGCUACAUUAUCAAUUGCUUUAAGAUUUUUGAACUCACCUUUCGUUGACAAUGUUUAUGUCCAACAAUAUGCAAUUAGAACUCUACGCAAAUUCUCACCAGAAGCUGUUGUGUUUUAUCUCCCUCAAAUUGUGCAAUGUUUGCGUCAUGAUCACAACAAUGCACUCAAGAGACACAUUAUUUCUGUAGUUAGAAGCAGUGUCAUGUUCACUCAUCAACUGAUUUGGACUUUGAGAACAGAAAUUGUUGAAACUAAAGAGCUCACACCAGAAGAGCUCGGAGAGAUCAAGCCAGCAGAGUUUGAGUUGAGUGCCAUUUUGAAACCUUUCUACAUUGAUGUUAUCAAAGCUUUCGAUGCCAAUCAAAUUCGUUUGUACAAGGAAGAAUUCCACUUCUUUGACAAGAUUACAACCAUCUCUGGAGAUUUAAUUCCAGUAGAAAAAGAGAAACGUCAAGCCAGGCUAUUGGAGGAGAUGAAAUUGGUAAAACCAUCUAGAAACUUGUAUACUCCAACCAAUACCCAAUACAAGAUUAUUGACUUGGAUGCAAAUGGAAGUAGAACGUUGAAGAGUGCCAAGAAAGUACCAAUUCUCAUUCCGUUCUAUGUGAAACAACGUCCUGCUGGCGUUGAUAUUGGAGAAGAUAGUGAAGAUGAUUACAAGGACAAACCAACCAUCAAACUUCCUUGUAUCUUUAAAGCAGGCGAUGAUUGUAGACAUGACCAACUGGCUCUCCAAAUUAUUUCCAUGUUCAAGAGAGUUUUCGAAAUUUUAGAAUUGCCAUUAUAUUUAUUCCCUUAUCGUGUUAUUACCACUGGAAGAGGUUUGGGAAUUAUUGAAUGUGUUCCAAACUCUAAGAGUAGACAUCAAAUUGGUGAAUCAUUACAUGAAGGAGAUAAUCUUUACAACUACUUUAUCAGAAAAUAUGGUAAUACUCAUACUGUAGAGUUCCAAAAAGCUCGUCGUAAUUUCAUUCACAGUAUGGCAGCUUAUUCUAUUGUCAGUUUUAUUUUGAGUAUUAAGGAUCGACACAAUGGUAAUAUUAUGUUAGAUGAAGAGGGACACGUCAUUCACAUUGACUUUGGAUUUAUAUUUGACAUUUCUCCAGGAGGUAAAUUUGGUAUUGAACAAGUUGUUCCUUUCAAAUUGACAACAGAAAUGUUGGCAAUUAUGGGAGAAGAAAAAGCAACCAUUUCAGCAAGCAAGAAUGAUCCUUCCAUGUCAUCAAAAUCAAGACAAGCAAGUACUACUUCAAGUGUAGUUUCUGCCUCAAGCUCUGUUGCAAAUGGCUCCACUUCUAUCAUGAUACCAUCAAGUACUCAAUCUCCAUCUAGUGUUAAUAUCACCACGAGUGCAGCUGGUGACGACAAGGAGCACUCAGAACCUUAUAAUUUAUUUGUAGAUUUAAUGAUUCGUGGUUAUUUGGCAGCUAGAGAUCACAUGGAUUCUAUCGUUUCAAUUUCACACGUGAUGGUACAAAGCGGACUACCAUGCUUUGCUAAGGAUGGAUCUAUUGACCGUUUAAAGCAACGUUUGUGUGCUGGAAAGAGUGAAAGAGAAGCUGUGCAAUUUAUCAAACAAAAGAUUAGUGCCAGUUAUCAAAACGUGUUUAGCGUGUUGUACGAUAUUUAUCAAGAGAGGUUUGAAGGAGUUAAUAGAUAA